CCUGAAAGCAGAGUGGCUGUACUCACAGGGCAAAGGGCGUGGCUUCCAGGUUGGAGAGCAUGCAGCACUUGUCCACUACCUCUCAGGUGUGUGCCUGGCGGGAGGGGGCUGGGGAGGAGCCGACCUCCCAGAUGAUGAUGACAAGUUGGCUAAGAUUCUCCAGCUGGCUAAGCAGCACCAGCAUGACCUGCGACAUGCAGUUAAUGGACAGGAUAACAGUGAGUCAUCCAGUGGACGAGGUAGCCGGUGCAGCAGCCACCAUGACUCUCCUGCCAUGCACAGACGCAGUGUCUCCAGGUCGACCUCCCUUAGACGAAACACGGCCCCAUCUCGCCCUGCCCCGGUGCGUGAGUGCCACCGCCGCACCCACUCUCACUCUGCUGCCACAAGGAGUGACUCAGGCUCACGUUCCCAGCAGAGCCAGUCAUAUCAUGUAGAGCUGUCGAACACACUGUAUGGGGGAGACCUACGCACACCUGACACCCCAAGCCUUAUGACGCAGAGCAUGGACCCAGCUAUCCUGUCGCAGUUGGCUGGUAGUGGCCCCAGAGGGCAAGUGGACCCUAUGUCACUGAGCCUAGGGGCAGAGCAGAUGUCUCGAUCGUUGGGCAUAGAUCCCAUGUCCCGGUCAAUGGGUGAAGAGGAGAUGAAGCGUUGCCUGGAGAUGGACCCUAUGACACAGAGCCAGGGCCCAGAGCAGCUAGCUCGAAGCUUAGCACAACCUGAGCCCUGUGGUGGACUGAUGACACGCAGCUUGGACCUAGGCCCGAUGACCAAUGGGGAGGCAGAGGUGUGGGGUGAGCGCACACUACUACCACCCACUGGCCACCCCAGGCCUACCAGCCUCUUUGGGGAUGAGAAGGACCUGGUGCUGGAGGAUGUGACAGCCCAAGAGAGCAGUAGCCAGCUAGUGGGUUCAACCAAGUUUGUCCCAGCUCCUGAGAGCAUUAUGAGUCCUGAGUACCAGGCAGCUGUAGCUUCUGCACGCUCUGCACAGGGCCAUGGGGCCUCUAAUCAGUGUUCUUCAUCCUCUCGUGCACAACACAGUUCAAGUGCCGCUGUCCGCUCAAACUCUGCCUCCAGAUCCCAGCGCCCUCCUCCGUCCGCAAGGCCCACGUCUGCUCCUCAAGCUUCCCCAAGACAAACAGCAGUGCGGUCAUCAUCAGUUACUAGGCCUCGAGCCUCACCCAUGAAAAGUCCAGCCACAGUUGAUCUCAUACGGGGCUCCCCUUCCCGCCCCUCCCAGCGUCCUGCAAGUGGCUCCUCCUCCUCAACUGCUGCAUCAGGGCUCUCCACACUGCCUAGACCAAAGCCUUCUCCCCGACUCUCACCCAGAUAUGCACGCUCUGGCUCAGUGGAACCCUCACCAAGACGCCAAGGGUCAGCCAAGAAGAACAAAGUGCCAUCACCACACCAUGGCUACUCAGAUGCAGAUUCGGACAACACAGACUCGGAGAUGUCUCUGUCCAAGUUGCAGACAAUCAAGAGCAUUGCAGCAGAGAGAAAACAGAGUGAAAAGCGGACACGAGACAACAGCCGAUCAUCCUCAUCACAUGCUUAUGACCCAGAAAAGUACAAGGGGGGAGCAGCCAUCAGGAGCUCCAGCAACA